CCUCUCUCCUCCUCCACGUCCCUGAAGUCUCCUCCUCUCUGCCGUGUUCUGUCACUCUGUCCUCGUCUGUUCCUCUCUGAAAGGAAGGAUGAGGGGUGGUGUGAGUGUGUGGUGUUUGGGCCUGUUGUUUUUGGGGUUGCGAUGGGUUCACGGACAAAGCCAGACCAACUUCACCAGGCCUGUCUUCCUGUGUGGGGGUCAUUUAGUAACAGACUCAGGUUUUGUGGCUAGUGAAGAUUUCCCCACUCACUACAAACCCAACUCUAAAUGCACCUGGUACAUCACUGUCCCAGAAGGUCAAGUGGUCAUGCUCCAGUUCAGAAUCUUUGAUCUUGAGGCUGACCCCACCUGUCGCUAUGACUACGUGGAUGUGUAUAACGGUCACUCGUACACGGUACAGAAACUGGGCCGUUUCUGUGGAACGUUCCGGCCGGGAGCACUCAUCUCCACCUCCAACACCAUGAUGGUGGAGAUGGUGUCUGACUCCAGCAGAGGAGGAAGAGGAUUCCUGGCCUUCUUCAGUGGAGGAAAACCGCACGUGGAUGAGAAUCAGUUCUGUGGAGGCAAAUUAACUAAGCCUGAGGGUUCCGUGAAGACUCCGAACUGGCCGGACUCUCAUUACCCAGCAGGCAUCAGCUGCUCUUGGCACAUCACCGUGGCAACCAACAUGGUGAUUGAGGUGAAGUUUGAAAAGCUGGACAUUGAGGCAGAUAUGUACUGUCGCUACGACUAUGUGGCGCUGUUUAACGGAGGGGAGUCGGACGAUUCUCGACGUAUAGGCAAGUUCUGUGGAGAGAGAGUGCCAGGAGGGAUCGUGAGCAAUGGGAAUGAAUUGUUGGUGCAGUUUGUGUCUGACCUGAGUGUGACAGGCUCAGGCUUCAUGUUGCACUACUCCAGCAUCCCCCGAGGCUCCCGAACCCCCACAGCAGACCUGGAUACAGUACCUGGAGCAAGAGUUGACCCUCUACCUGUUAUCCCCACUGCUAGACCAGCUGGACCUGCUAGACCUGCGUCUAAACCCAGAACAACACCCAAGCCUAAGUUGGUUGUUAAACCUAAAGCGACACCUAAACCUCCGUCUAGGCCACCGAAGCCUAAGCCCCCCAGACCAGCUCCUCCCAAGCCAGCGGUCAGGUCUACAAGCAAGCCGAAACCAGCAAGACCCACACCCAAACCCAAGCCCAGACCUGCACAGAGGCCUGCAGCUAGGGUCACACCAAAACCUGCAGUAAAACCAACACUGAAGCCUAAGACUAAACCAACACCAAAGCCUAAGGUUAAACCAACGCUGAAGCCUGGGGUUAAGUCCACAGCUAAACCACUUUCUAGGCCAGCAAAGCCAACACCUGCAUCUAGAGCCAAGCCUGGAGUGAAAACAUCACCUAAACCAAAGACCACAGGCACAACAGGAACCAAGAAAACACCAGUAGGAGAUCCACAGUGUGCACAGCCAUGCAAGAGGACCGGCACUCUUCUGACCAGCUUCUGUCCCAGCCACUUCGUGGUGACGGGCAAGAUCACUUCGCUUACCCCAGGCUCCGGUGGCAGUGUUGAUGUGGACGUGUCCAUUAUCAAAGCCUAUAAAACAGGCCGACUUAAAAUCACCAAAAGAGGACCCAUCAUGUCCAUCACUCUAACUGCUCCCUGCUCGAAAUGUCCCGCUCUACGUAAAGGAGUUAACUAUGUGCUGAUGGGUCAGGUGAAUGAAGAGGGGCGUGGCAUUCUGAACCCAUCCAGCUUUGUCCUUCUUUAUAAGGCAGUUCAUGACAAGGCACUGGUCAAUCUUGCAAAGAAACCAUGCUGACCUCACCUUUACUCUACCAAUCAACAGGUUAGAAGCCAGUAUUAAUCAUCCUGAAGUAUAACAGUCAGAAUCAAAGUCAUAUUACAACUAUUAACAAAUAAAUCACUAGUAUAAGAGUUUUCAACAGACUGUCAGUCAUCCUGGAGGAAUGAAAAGAGUCUUCACUUUUAAGUGUUAUUGACCUCAACAUGCAAUUCAGGUCUCAAUGGAAUAUCAAAGACAUAAGAUGUCUGUAUACUUCUAUGUUCAUGAAGGGUAAAACAGUAAGACUGCAUUGAUUCAAAUGUUGUGAACUGUUCUUAAAUGUUCACCUAUAAAGCAAAAUCAGGGUUUGUUCUUAUAUCUUUUCAGACUUUCUGACAGAUUUAAGUCACCUUUCAAAAUAUGUGGUGAUAUAUAAAAGUACACUGUUGUGUUGUGUUUUUGUGCUACACAGACAUCAUGAUAUAAAACGUAUUUUUCUUUUUAAAUUAUAAAAAUUCUGUGAUUAAAGGAUUUUAACUACGA